UCCAUUUCUCCCCCCUUCUUCAAUGCCCAAGGUUCAUACAGUUAGACCCCUGAAACGAGUAAAACCCUAAAUCACUGUUUCUGAGCCAUGACUACGAGGUUCAAGAAGAAUAGAAAGAAAAGAGGCCAUGUGAGCGCCGGCCAUGGCCGCAUAGGCAAGCACAGGAAGCACCCUGGCGGACGAGGAAAUGCUGGUGGACUGCACCACCAUAGAAUUCUCUUUGACAAAUACCACCCUGGGUAUUUCGGGAAGGUGGGGAUGAGGUAUUUUCACAAGCUAAGAAACAAGUUUUAUUGCCCCAUUGUCAAUGUAGACAAGCUCUGGUCUCUUUUGCCGGAGGAGGCGAAGCCUAAGGCUAUUGCUACUCAGAAGAGUGGAGAAGCUCCUUUGCUAGACGUGACUCAGUAUGGAUAUUUUAAGGUUUUGGGAAAGGGGGAGCUUCCGCCCCAGCCGCUUCUUGUUAAAGCGAAGCUUGUUUCGAAGAGGGCUGAGAAGAAGAUUAAAGAGGCUGGUGGAGCGGUUGUUCUUACUGCUUAGGCGAAGUAAUAUUAUGGUUUGUUGCUGCAGACUCCCCCAAAGUUGAGUGGAUACUGGGAAAUUGUUGCAUGGCCUUCAGAAUCUUGCAUCAUCCUUAGUUAGCUGCUUAAUGUUUCUGCGAUCCAUAGAUUUGUGGUCGAGAGCGGGACAUGCUUGAACCCUUAUUCAAAGAUUUAUUUUUUGCAAUGGUAGGACCAUUUUGAUUGAAAAUUGUUGAAGCUUAAUCGUGCGGCAUAUUUGAUUUAUUGUGUUUGAUUAUCAAAUGAGAGUGUUUUUAUCCUUUGGUGAUUACCCA